AUUUGAUGAAGACAGAUUGAUCACCAUUGAAAAGGUGUGGAAGUGUGAAGGGAGGCUCUUAAGUUCAAGAGGAGGAGACCCCCACAACAAGCUCAAAGACAUAUGCCUCUCUUUUGCACUCUUCAAGCUCCUCCGUUUGAGAUAUGCUGGCUACUCAUUGCCACAAGAGGCUCACGAGAAGACAUGGAACUUGAUUCGCCAUGGAUUGCUCUCGCCAGAUGAUGGUUACAAGCGAGCGUUUCGAGUCGUCGAGGUCGAGCUCACCUUCCUUUUCGAUUUCUUCUACACCAAGUACGGUGUCAUAUUCCAGCCUGGCAGCUUGAAAAACAAAUUUUUGGAGUUUGUGACUGUUAUUAUCAGCAUCUGGGCUACAACAUCACUCUUGAAGCAUCACAAGAGACCUGAUAAUAACUGUCUAUUGGCCACACUGCCAAAUGGGUUGAGUGUCGACGUACUCGUGACCUGCGUGAUGAUAAUCUUGCUCGUCGUCGCAGAGCUCAUGCAGUUCUUCUUCAUGGGUUUCUCGGUAUGGGCUAAGGUGAUAUGGAUCUGCCAGUAUGUGCAGAAUAAGUCAUGGCAAGAGAGAACAUGUGGAUUGAGCGGAUGAUCAGACUGGUAUGUGAAGUCCGGUUGCUGAAGCCCUGGGAGCGAAAGCUUCGUCAGCACUCAUUCCUCGAGUCAUACUUGUAUAACCCUUCCAGGUUAUUGAACAACGCGUUUAUGGCGACCUAUAUUGAUCAAACUAGGGACGGCCAGAGACAGAGCACGCCGAUCCAAUUGCCUGAAGAAGUGAAGCAAGCGAUGUUUCAUGCUCUGAAGUCGAAUUACGGUACUAAAUUGGAGAAUGGACAGGCCUCACUGAGAAUGGACAAUGAGUCCCAGAAGCUGCUGUGGGCGUGCCGGCUUGAGACACAGACUCAGGUCAUAAUGGUGUGGCACAUCGCCACUAGCUUCUGUGAGUACCAACUGCCGCUAGGAAGAUCAGACUCGCCAGCAACGAGGAGGAGUUUCCUCGUGGCAACUAGCUUAUCCAAGUAUCUGGCUUACUUGGUCGCUUUUGCUCCACGGCUACUGCCGGAUCACCCUUAUGCUGCCGAGUACGUGUUCGAUCAGGCGGUCAUCGAAGCCAGGGACUUCUUUAAAAAAUGCGAGAAAAUGGAGGACUGGGUUGAGAAGAUGGAGGAGAACCGCAGUGGCCUUUCUGCAAGUGGAGAAACUGUUACCAACCGGGGUGCUCGGCUCGGGAAGCAGAUCGCAAAUGAUAUAAGACGCAAGGACGUGAUCUGGAGGAUUCUGGCCGAGUUUUGGGUGGAAAUGGUGUUGUAUGUCGCGCCUUCAGACGAUGCGAGAGCGCAUGCGGAGCAUUUGACUAAAGGAGGCGAGUUUGUGACUCACUUGUGGGCUUUGCUCACUCACGCAGGGAUCGAGAGAGCUGCUCCUUCAAGGCCGCGACAUGCUCUGGCGAGAAGCAACAGCUUGUGA